GAUAGAAAGAGUUAGUUGUAUCUGGGUAGUCAGCCAGGUCUUGCUCAGUCCAGUAUAUUUGAAGCGUCGGUGUGUUGUGGUCCUGCGUGGUAGCGUCUUUGUGGAAAUCAAAGCGCGUGUACAACAUUUUAUGAACUUGUAACUUGUAUAAGCAUUAACAUUGUGUUAUAAAGAAAAUACCUUGUGAAGUGAUGCAAAACAUUUGUGCUUUUUUUACAAAAGCGUGUAUGGACGCCAGUCUGGUGAAGUAACGCAUUAUUAGUAGUGUUGGUGAGACUGUAUUUUUUUCAUGAGUCAGUUUGCGUUUCUCUCAGGAAUAAUUUAUGAAAUGUUAUAAACGAUGGCUGCGCCUAGUCAAGAUACUUUGCCAACAUUUUUAAAAGCAGUUUAUUUUUCUAAAGACGUUUGUUCAAAUAACUUAAUGCACCGCAAUUGUAAUAAUAUUGACGAAAUUGAAUAAAUAAUGGGACCCCAUAGCUGACACUGUCUCAAAAUGGCUAAUAUAAGACUGCCGCUACAUAUAUGUAAUUCAAUCAAACAGUAUACCCUUAACGUCAACACGAAAUUAAUAAAUGAGCAAAACUUAGACAUUAAAUCUGAAAAACGUUCCACAUAUAUAAAGGCAAAUAUUAAUUUGAAAUCAAAGCAAACAGAUAAAGCAAAGUUUGUCAUAUUUCUUAUAUUACUACUCCCAAUAAGUUCGUGUGGCAAUAGUUACAACGGUGGAAGAAAUUCUAUGCUUCGGACAAGAGUGAUUGGAACGAGAUACGGUAAAAUGCAAGGUGUUAUACUGCCAAUGGAUCAACAUAAAUUCUUGAAACCAGUGGAAGCGUAUUUGGGAGUACCGUAUGCAACUCCACCUACCGGGUCUAACAGGUUCGCGCCCACGCGCGCUCCAGCCCCCUGGGAUGACGUAAAACAGGUUGACCAAAUGGGCCCAGUGUGCCCCCAACGCUUGCCAGACAUUUCAAACGAGACUCUUGCUUUGGAGAGAAUGCCCAAAGGUAGACUGGAGUACUUGAGGAGACUGAUACCAAGACUGAAGAAUCAAAGCGAGGAUUGCCUCUACAUGAACAUUUACACCCCCGUACAAGUGGGUCCGACAUUGCAGGCCAAAUAUCCAGUUGUUAUUUUUAUCCACGGAGAAUCUUUUGAGUGGAAUUCUGGAAACGUUUACGACGGGGCCGUGCUAGCUAGCUAUGCGGGGCUUGUUGUUAUCACCAUCAACUACAGACUAGGUAUUCUAGGAUUCUUGAAUGCCAACCCCAUACCCCAUCUUAAGGCUAGGGUAGCCAACUACGGACUGAUGGAUCAAAUUGCGGCAUUACAUUGGAUUCAGCAAAACAUAGCUUUGUUCGGCGGAGACUCUGGCAAUGUGACGAUGCUGGGGCACGGUGCUGGUGCUGCGUGUAUUAACUUUCUGAUGAUAUCGCCGACUGUAAUGCCGGGACUUUUUCAUCGAGCUAUACUACUAUCUGGUUCCGCAUUAAGUUCAUGGGCUCUCGUAGAAGAUCCUGUUAGUUUUUCCGUCCAACUGGCCAAGCAAUCAAAUUGCACCUUACCGGAAGACAAUGUUAAGGAUCACGAAUUAAUUGUUGAUUGUUUGCGUGAAGUCCCACUGGAGGAGCUCAUGGCGGCGGAAAUUAAUACACCAAGCUAUUUAACAGCAUUUGGGCCAUCCGUUGACGGAGUUGUAGUCAAAACAGACUACGCCAAAGAAUUACUUACCUAUUUCAUUCCAAAUGAUCUGCAAGGUUUCACAAGUGUUUCCGGGGUUAAUAACAUUAAAGCUGAUAAAAGAGGUGGCGAUAGGAUAUUCGGGAUAAGGAGUGGGCAGAACAAAUAUGAUCUGCUUUUUGGAGUGGUUACGAGUGAAGCGCUGUGGAAAUUCUCAGCUCAAGAUAUACAAAACGGAUUUGAGGGUGAACGGAGGGACAGGAUAAUAAGGACUUACGUAAGGAACGCGUACACAUAUCAUUUGAGUGAAAUAUUUUUCACGAUAGUCAAUGAAUACACUGAUUGGGAACGAACGGUCCAGCAUCCAAUCAACACUCGAGACGCAGCCGUAUUAGCACUCUCGGAUGCGCAAUAUGUAGCACCAUUGGUUCAAACUGGAGACUUCUUAAGCGUUGCUAAGAGCUCGCCCGAUUCUGGGCCAAAUGCCUUCUUCUAUGUUUUUGACUACCAAACGAAGGAUGGAGAUUAUCCACAGAGAAUGGGAUCUGUUCACGGAGAAGAGUUACCGUAUUUGUUCGGAGCGCCGCUGGUCGACGGCUUAGGUCAUUUUCCAAAGAAUUAUACAAAAUCAGAAGUUGCGUUAUCCGAAGCUUUCAUAUUUUACAUUGCAAACUUUGCGAGAACAGGGAAUCCUAAUGAGGCACUGCGACAAGAAUCCUUGUUACCAAUAUCAAGAGAACGCAACAGAUACAAGAGUAUUGUUUGGGAUGAAUAUGACACUUUGCAUCAGAAAUAUCUAGAAAUUGGCAUGAAGCCGCGCAUGAAAAACCAUUACCGGGCCCAUCAGCUGUCCGUGUGGCUGCGGUUGAUCCCGGAGAUACACAGGGCCGGCAUGAAGGACGUGGUUGCAAAACACAACCUUUUCCGAAACCACAACGACCCAGAACUAUACGACGGUCUAGUCCGGCCUGAUCCGCUCACCCGAGCUAACUACUUUGACCCCACACUUGAGCUUUACCGCAGGCCUAUAUACAAUGUUACCUUAGAUGUGCCGUCCACUACAAUGGAUACGUUCGUGACUACUUGUGUGAGCGUUAUGUCAGCGCGGCCCGGCUCCGCUGUUACGCAGAGUCAGAUACCGAACAACACUCAUACACAAGACAUUUCAAACUUGGAAGUGGCCGGCUACACAGCUUACUCCACGGCUUUAAGUGUUACUAUUGCUAUUGGGUGUUCGUUGCUCAUCCUAAAUGUCCUCAUUUUUGCUGGCGUAUAUUACCAGAGAGAUAAAACUCGCCUGCAAGUAAAAGCUUUGCAACAACAACAAAAACGUUCACACAACUCUACUUUUGAUAGCGUCUCGUCAAAACACCCUCACUAUUUUAUCGGCCAUUCUCAAAGUUCAAGUACAAUCGUUGACAUCGAUCAUCAAGAUAAGAAUGCUAUUAUUGCAAUGACUAAUCGUGUGCCACAUUUUUCAAAUGCAAACUGUCCCAAUGUUUGUCACACGGGCAUACAAAUGGCAAAUCUAUCUCAAAAAGCUAGCCCACCCACUAGUCGAGGUCAAUGUACUACCCUGCCAAGGAAAGUAGGAUUUAGCUAUCAACAACAAAAUCAAAUCUGUAAUGCGUCAAAUUGCAUGACAUUGCCGAAAAAUGCAACAUUCAUGAGCAGCUCGAGCAACCUGCCGGACGUUCAGGCGCAGACGGGCCAAGCGCUGGCGGCCGGCAACGGCGCGGCGCUGCCUGCGCCGCCCUCACCCUCCACGCAGCACUUUCAGAAAUCGCGGGUUCCUCAAGCGGCGAUGUCGGAAAUGAAUGUAUGAGAAAUGGAAGAUAUUUACAAUUAUGUGUAAAGUGAUGACAUUUUGUAGUGUGGGAGAUGCACUGUAGUAAGAAAGUGUAAAUCACUGGACAAUGCAUGAUUGUAAAUAUCUUAACUGAAAACUGUACAUAUAUAAAAUCGAUUAGUUCACUUAACUACUCAAAAAACAGGUACGUUUUAUGUUAAUUUUAGUAAUGUAUCCGAAAGAACUCUAUGUCCUAAUGAUAUGUCUGUAUAAAAUCUUACUUUUAUACUAUUGUUGUAAAUAAUUAUAAAAUAUUAAAUCACUAUCAAUAUCUUUCCAUUUUAAAUGGAUUUAACCACUAAGAAAACAUAACAGAAAUAGUUAAUCUUCAUAUGAUUAGAAUCGUUUUAAAAUCUACAAGCCCAUUUACUUCACACAUUAUGUAUGUACUCAUAUGUUCAAUCUUUACAGAUGUGUGGUAUAGUCAUGUAAUGACGUUAUUAAUGUAAAUAAUUUAGAAUCUUAAAGACUGUAUACUUGUAUUAGGACAAUGUUUAUGUUUACGUAGAAACAUAUUAAGCCGAAGGAAUAUAAUUAUAACUCAUUAGAAAUAAUAUAACAGUACAUUCAUUUUCACUUCAUCCUUCAGGUACCUACUUAUUAAAAACCUAAUUAUGGUUGAAUUAAAUAAUAUUUGAUAAAUAUUGUACAAGCCCUAUUAUAAUAAUCUUUUUUUUUUCAAUCUUAGUAGUGUUUAAUAUUAAUAAAACUACAUUUAUAUAAUAACGGUAUCCAUCCCACGAAGGAACGUUAUGCAGAAUACAGUUUAUUCGUUAAACGUCUCUAUUUUAUUUUGUUGUAUGCUCUCGGAAUACUUUUACAUGAGUGGGUGUAUCUAAGUAGUAUAUUUUUAUAUACACUGCCUCCGGCGUGUUUUGUGUAAUAAAUGCAAACACAUGCUUUAUAUGGGAGCACUUCGAAGCAAAAUAACGAACUCCUAAAAGUGAACUAAAACGAUCGUAAACUAAUGGCACUAAACUUGUAUAUUUUGUGGACUAUAUUUGGUCAUUUUAAUUGAUGUUUAUAAUAUCAUGUGUCCUACCUUCUCUAACAAUAUUUUACUUCGUCAGUAUCUACCGUACUGUUGUUUGGUAAAAUAU